CAAAAAUUAAAAUGACAGAACUUCUGUUGAUAAUGAAUGUUAGAAUUAAUGAAGGUAAAGAGGGUACAAUAAAUGUACAUUUUGGAGAUGAUCCUGAGGUGUUAGCUAGAGAUUUUUGUCUUUAAUACAAUGUAAAUUAGAAAUUGGUUCCUUUAUUGAUAGAGAAUAUCAAUAAAAAUUUAGAAGUGGCAGAAUAAUAGAAAGGGAAUAAUAUAUAGUCUGGUUAAGAUACAAUGUAAUAUUCAACAGAAACAUGUAAUUCAAAAUUGAUAGAAACCCCAUUUAAUGAACCAUUGCAUCAAUUGUCAACGAACAAUUAUUUUUCAAAUAAUUCAUCAGUUCAUGAGAGACUUUAUGAAGAUGCAAAAAAUAAGAGAUUGAAAUAGAAAUUGAAUGUUUAAGAUAGUAGAUCAAAGAAAAUAAAGAUACAAGAGUCUGAAAUAAAUUAUGGUUUAUUUUUGUAUUAGAAGGGUUUAAAAAAGAAUGAGGAGAAGUUGUAGAGAGCUGAAAGUGCUAAAAAAGAUUUGUAAAAUUCAUAAUUAGUUGAAUGUACACAUCAUCCAAGGAUAAAUUAUGUAUCUCGUUAAUUGGCCCAACGUAAGGGAGAUUCAGUUAGUGAACAUUUGAAUAGAUUAGCUUAGGAAUAAAAAAUAAGGAGAGAGAAUGCAAGUUAAUAACAUUUGUAAACUGAAGUGUAGAGUUGUUCUUUUAAGCCAUAAAUUAAUCGAAUGUAUUGAAAAUAGAGUUAAGCAAAUAGAUCACGAUAUAUAGUAGAAGAAAGAAAUGAAAGAGGUAGUUAGCCAUGGUAUGAGUCAUUGUAUUCAGAUUACGAUUCCAAAAGAUAAAAAUUAGAGUAAUUGGAGAGAUAGUAUUUUUCAUCAAAUUAUACAUUUCAUCCAAAAAUUGAUAUGAUAUCAGAGAAGAUAGUGUAGGGAAGCAGUUUUGAAUAGAGAUAAAAGAUUAGAUCAACAUCGAGAUAGAAUUUGUCAGUUUGUGAUGAAGAGAAUUAGUUAUUUAAACCAAAAACAGGGAGACCUCCUGAGAAGAGACCAAGAAAUUUAUUUUAAAAUUUAUAUAAUUAGGCAAAGAUAUAAGAGAAGAAACGAUAAAAUUAGAUUGUGUAGUAACAUUAAUAAUAAAUGAAUGCAUCAUAAAUACGUGCGAGUGAGAGAUCAAAUUAAAUGAUAUAAUCAUAAAUUGAAUUUUCAUUAAUGAAGAUUUUUGAUUGUUUAGAUAGUGAUAAGGAUGGAUAUAUAAAUUCAGAGAAUUGUGAUGUUGGUGAUUUAGAGGAGAAUGUUAUUAAGAUUUUAUCUCCUUUACUUUUGGAAAUGGAAUCUGGAAAUCAUACUUUGAAUAAGAAAGAGUUUAUAGAAUCAGCUGAGAGGUUAGUUGCUACAUUGUCUCCUGGAGAAAAACAUGAUUUAUUGAAAAAGCCAAGUAGAAAAGUUGAUGUUCCACAAUAUAGUUUUAAUGUGUGUAAAUAUUCUUUAAAUUAUAGCCAUCUUUAAAUAGGAGAUCUUAAAAAAUUGUAGCAGCGAAAAAGAAUUGA